GUGAGCUGUGAUUGGUCACAGCUUGUCACAUGGUGCAAGGCUGUUGUGAAUAGCCUUGUACCAUGUGACCUUUGUGAUCAUUCACAGAUUUCACACGUAGUAAGCAAUGAUUUCAGCAAGUGACAUCUUGCUUACUACUAUUCAUGUGAUCACUGAUUGGCCAAUCAGUAAUCACAUGAUGGGGACCUCACACAGAGGUCCCGUACACGAUCGGUGUUCAACUGUGUCUUCUGGACACAGCUUGCACCGAUCGCAGUGCCGUGCGCUCCCAGGGAGCUUGCACAGGUAGUGAAUGCGGGUGACGUCAAU